CAAAUAUCUUGUUAUACCCUUUAUAUACCCAGUGGUAAACUCCUAGGUAUUAUUACAUCCAGUUACAGGAAAAUUAUUAUUAUUAAUUUAAACUUUUUAUUUUUAGUUUUCACCACAAGUGAUGCAUAUCAAAACACACAUCUAUUAAAUAUAAGAACUGUACACACAAAGCACGUUGUCAGUUCUCCAAACACAGACAAAUUACUAUUAUUUUCUUUAUAUUUUUUAUGUUUCCUUUUUAAAAAAAUCCCUUGUUAGUUCAUUAGCUUAAUUAAAUCCUGUAUAUUUUUUUAAUUAAAACAUUAAUGAGAGCUUUAUGGCUGUAAAAGGAUUCUCAAAUGAUGUGUCAAAAUAAAUCAUAUAUUCUGCAAUCUACUUUGUAGAUUUGUCUUAAUUACCUCCUAAUUUACUCUAGUUUUUUACACAUUGUAUUUAACACAUUCUAUUAAUAAACUGUACUAUUGCAUCCCUGCACAUUAUGCACUAUUUUUUUCUUGCCUGCCUCUCAUUUUGCUAAAUUAUUGUCCUAUGUUGCUGUUUGUUUUUCUCUGAGGUACUCUAAUUUCAUUAAAAUGAUAAAACUAAUAAUAAUAAAUUAUUCUGAUCCUGAAAAUAAAUGUGAUUACUUUGGACAAUUUUGUCUAAUUUCCUUCGAACAACCGAAAAAAAAAAAAAGAUAGUGGGAUACAUCUUCCUGUUCCAAUAAUAUUAAAUAUCCUGACAAAUUUCUCUUUGAAAAUAUUAUUUCUCAUAAAUUUUCCUUGAAUUAUUGUUCAGGAUAUCAUUUAUCUCAUAUGAAGCUAUAAAAAUUAGAGCGAAAGUUUAACUACUUUGUGUUUGUUUGUUUGAGAAGUCUCUUUAUAUCAAACAUUUUCAAAUAAAAAAUGCAGAAAUAAAAAAAAUGAAAAAAAAAUUCAGUGAGAAACGGAUCAAAUUAUUCAUCUAUUACUCUGAAGUUGACGUAUUUCCUCCUGAGCUGGUGAUGUAAACAAACGCCCUGGUCCUUUUGUCAUCCAUGCCCAUUGUCAGAGUCUGGAGAUGACCUUUUCUCUCCUCCCUGUCUUUUCUUUUCCUCCCUUCUCUGUUUCACUGUCGAAUUCAAGCUGUUCUGGGUCCCUGCGGGGACCUCCCCCCGCGGGGUCCUCCCUCUGCGGUGUCCUCCCCCUCUGCCUCCCUGUGCCGCCGUCUUUCUCCCUCUCCACCUGUUGAAGCGAUUGUUUUGCAGACCUUAUUGUUAGUCCCAGUAUUAUGUUUAUGUCACUUGUGCGGUCCCGGCCCCCUCUUUUGGGUCACUCCCUCCGUCUUUUUUCUCUGCUGAGUAUAAGACUCUGAAGGGAAGAGGAGGGCCGACGAUUUUCCAUGAGACCGAGAGGGGAUGUCUGCUCACCUGUGAAGCCUCUCAGCCGGCAGACAGACUUCUUCCACGUUGGAUGUAAAGGAUCCAGGAUUUGCAGAUGGACAGAGGAAUGUGCGUGUCCCUUUGGUGUGAAGAAGUGGAGGACGCUGCAGGUCCGGAUGAGGGACGGAGUGAAGCCAAAGGUCAGCUGAGGGCCGCCUGGGACCCCACAGUGUCAGGACGUCGGGUGAUCCAGAGGCUGCUUCACCUGGAAGAGAGGUACAUGCCCUCCAUGCUCUACACCACCCUCAUCCAGCGGGAUCCAGAGCGCAGGGAGGAGCUCGCCAAAUGGGCCCUGGAGGUACGAGACUGCCAUCCACUCCAUCUGUCACCAAAGAAAGGAGCUGAUCCCCAUGUUUUUGUGUUCCAGGUGUGCUGUGACUGUGGUUGUGAUGAGGCGGUGUUCCCCCAGUCCGUGUCUCUGAUGGACAGGUUCCUGUCUGCACAUCUGGCUCUGGCUGUGUCUCCAUACUGCCUGGCUGCCGGCUGCAUCCUGAUCGCAUCAAAGCUCACAGAGUGUGACGGUGUGACUGCAGACAGCCUCUGCGCCGCAGCCGAGUACAGCUUCCAGCCCUCAGACCUGCGGGAGAUGGAGCGCGUUAUCCUCAGCACCCUUCGGUGGGACACCGCUGCGGUCACCCCGCAGGACUUCAUCCCUCACUUUCUGGCCUCCGCCGGGGGGCGAGGAGACGCUGAUCCGGAGAUGCUCUCCACUUUGCGCCGACACAGCGACACUCUGACUGCCAUGUGUGUCUGUGACUCCCGUUUUCUGGGAGCUCCCCCGUCACUUGUUGCUGCAGCAUCACUGAAUUGCGCCCUAAGGGGUCUGAGCAACAGGAGGUCCACUCAGCUGUCCAACAGCAGUGAAGUCCUGGCAGAGUUGUGCCAGACCGACCUGGUAUUGCUGCAGUGCUACAGUGAGAUGAUUGAAAACGCCCUGAGGCAGCGGCUGAGGGGUGGGCUGGAGCAGGCCCCCAUGGAGAAGGAUGAAGAGGUGGAGAGCGAAAGACCUGGAACACCAACUGACAUGAGAGAGAUCGACUUCUAAUCACUGAUUAACUUUACGAAAGAACUAAAGUUUAUUAGAUUCAUCAGUCAAACUGAUAUGAAUUCAUUGUGACAGCAAAUGUUUACUGUUAUUUAUUUGAUUUGUCUUUAUUUAUUUUUGUGUGCCAUAUCCAAUUAACUGUCAGUGAAUUUUAUCGUCAUGCCUACAUAUUAUUUUUAAUGCACUCUAUUUAUGCCUAAUUUAUGAUCAUGUGCAAUUUUUUUACUUAUGUUAAUUUAUUUCAAUUUGCCAUGCGUUUGUUUUGUAUCUUAAAUAAAAUAUAUUCCUAAUCUGUUUUUGAGCAAUUAAUUAAUUGUGGAGCAUAUUGGUAUUUUUUCAUGUUUUUUUAAGGGACAAUGGGAAGGAUCGAGCUGGUAUGUUGCUGAAAAAAUAGCUACAUUUAAAAUGUAGAAAAACAGCCAAAAACAGCUAGCAUGUAGAUAUUAGCUAAACUCCAAAAUAGCCUAAAAAAAUUUUAAAAAAGCACCUAAAUUAGCUAAAACAAUUAGCAUGUAAAUAUUAGCCUACACUAAUUUAUUUCAAUUUGCCAUGUGUUUGUUUUGUGUGUAAAAUAAAACAUAUUGUAAAUCUAUUUCUAAUCUGUUUUUGAGCAAUUUCCUAACUGUGAAGGAUUUUGGUUCCUUUUCAUUGUUUUUAAAGCAACGAUGCCUUUAAGGAUCAUUUUUAAUGUCCGCAAACAUCCUACUCA